AUGGGAAGUUCGACACAAACUGGAAUCAUUCCACGUCUUUGUGAUGACAUGUUUGAGAGAAUCUCAAAUGUGAGUCAGCCAUCCAAGAGCUCUGAGCGUGAAUAAUAAAAUCACUGUCACUGACUGUUACGUUAUUUUUGCAGAAUGAAGACGAAAACAUCUCGUUUAAAGUUGAAGUAUCGUACAUCGAAAUUUAUAAUGAAAAAGUUCGAGAUUUGCUCAAUCCCAGCGGGUAAUGGCGAUGAGAAACUUUUUUAUAGAAUUCGUCAGACAUUUCUUGUCUAAUUUCAGUGUGUUCAUAUAAAUAUGUGUUCUUUCACAGUGGGAAACAAACGCUGAAAGUCAGAGAACAUAAAGUGACAGGACCCUACGUUGAUGGAUUAACAAAACUCGUUGUCUCAUCAUUCCAGGUUUGAGUCCAUUUUCACAUUUUGUUCAGUUUGGGACAUUGGCAAUACAAAAUUAGUUUUGUCUCUGUUAUCGAUUUCACUACGAUUUGUCAUAUCUUGCUUAGUUCUCGAAAUAUUUAGACCGAAUGUAAUGAGCUAAAUUUAUAUAAUAACUAUAGUGAAACACGCAAUUUGAUUGGUCAAUAGCCGUGCAGGAUCAGGCUAUCCUGCACGAGGAAUUAAAAUGCUUUCGCGGGAUUUUCGCGGGACUCUCAAAAUGUCAUUGUUUCACUGUAGUUAUUUUAUAAAACAAUUACCAAAUAGUUUUCCAAGCAGGAUAGCGUGAUCCAUAUACUUGGGAUGCUUCUCGACUUUCGGAAAGCGUAAAAAUAUAGUCGCCUGCGGCUCGAGUAUUUUUACGCUUUCCAAAAGUCUCGCGACAUCCCUCGUGCAUGGAUCACGCAAUUUUGCACGGAGAACCAUUCGGUAUUCCUUUAUUCUUGCACUAAUUCUUUCCGCCAUCUUGGACUAAUUCUUGACAUCAUUAAGUAUGGUUUUGAUGACCUCAGGAGUUGGGUUAACCAUAUAAAACUACUCUAAAAUGACCGAGUAACAUUCCAAAAUUGUUUGAAAAGUUUUUAAUCAUUUCUAAGUUUUGGACCCAUAUUGAUCGCUUAUUCUGAAGAUAAAAAAUUAGCGUGACCCCUCUCUUGACGUAACAUGCAUAUCCUCAAUAAUCCAAGAUGGCGAACAGCUCACUUUUUUUCAGUCGAAAUAUUUUGAAAACUAAGCAAGAUAUAAACAAUCUGUAAUAGAGUUUAAUAUAUAGUUUUAAGAGUUCUUUCAAAUGAGCUAAACUAUUUUUUAUUGCCAAUGUCUUUUAAUUAAUUACGUGAUAUAUAACAAAUGAGAGAGCGUUUAUUCUUUAUUUUCUAUUUUCAACAAUUCAAAAGUCUAAAAACUCAGAAAAACCAUAAAAUUAAUUUUCAUUUCCGCCAUCUUGGCUUCAAAAAUCAAGCCCGAGUUAUCGUUCCAGUAUAUAUAGAGUUCACUGGUUAGAUCGUUAUUUUUUCUUCAGGAUAUUGACUCUCUGAUGAUAGAAGGCAACAAAUCACGAACAGUUGCCGCAACCAACAUGAAUUCAGAAAGCAGUCGUUCUCAUGCUGUGUUUAAUAUCGUACUCACUCUGGCUGAAUUUGAUGAGGAAACACAG